CAUAGCAACCGGAGUGAGUUCAUAGCAACGGAGGAUAAAAACGCAACACAACACUUUUUAUUCUCACAAAUGUUGAAUAUUAGAGCUUUAAUGUUUAAGUUUCAACUUUAGUAACUACAAUUAUUUAAAAAUGGGCGACAAAAAGCGUCACAAACGUGUUUUUAUCAACGAAGUCGACACGUAUUCAUCCAAACACAUCGCUCAGUUUUUAUCGACCUGUGCUGCUGGAGAGAGCUCCGAGGAGGCUGAAGAAGAAGAUACCCCGGCCUCCUCUCACCCUGAACCUGCUUUUCAGAUAGUGGGGAGUGUGUCUGCCUCCAACCAGGAUGAAACACACAGCUUUCUACACGAACUGUAUGCGGCACCAACUCGAGAUGAGCUUCUUGAGCACCUCCUGGAGUGUGAUGUAGUGAUCUACAACAUCUCAGAAUGUGCCACAAAACAGCAGGUUGACGAAGCGACAUGGGCAAUCGAAGCCCUUCAUGCCGAGAUAGAGAACUUCAAGUCUCGGAAAAUUUUCAUCUUACUCUCAACCGUGAUGAGCUGGGCCAUGACCAAGCCGCAGAAUCCGGAAGAAACAGAUGUUGUGCUAACAGAGGAGGAGUUCAGAAGAAGAAGGCCGCAUCCCAGUUUUAGAAAUCACCAUAGUCUGGAGAAACUUGUGCUCAAACUGGGAAAAGUUAAAAAGACAAAGCUUACUGGCUACGUUGUAGCUUGUGGUCUUCAGUACGGGAAGGGAGAGAACCUAUUUCAAUACUUUUUCAAGGUGUCCUGGUUGAUGCAGCUUCCUAAAGUUCCUCUAUUUGGAGAGGGCACAAAUUACAUCCCCACGAUUCAUGUAUACGACCUUGGAGGAGUGCUCCAAAACAUCAUCGAACACAGACCAAAGUCAAAAUACAUUGUCGCGGUUGAUGACUCCAAGAACACUUUAGAGGAUAUCGUAAAGACGAUAAGUGAUACACUUGGACCAGAAAACCUGGACAAAGUACCAAGUGAAGAAGCCAUCGCCAUGAAGGCGUUUAAGCCAGAGGAGCUGGAGUACCUCUGUAUCAACCUCCGCCUGGAUGCUUUUAUCAUCAGAGACUCCUUCAGUCUCAACUGGGUGUCUGAAACUGGGAUGGUGGCAAAUAUGGAGAGCAUCGUGGAAGAAUACAAAGACACCAGGCAGUUAAUUCCAAUCAGAAUCUGCCUGGUUGGACCUCCGGCUGUGGGUAAAACCACGGUGGCAGAGAAGCUCUGCGGUCAUUACCAAAUACACCACAUCAAGAUCAGAGAGGUCAUAGAGGACAAGAUCUCUCAACUGAAGGAGAUAAUGAAUGAAGCUGACCCUGCAUAUGUCAGUGAAGAGGUAGCUGUUGCUGCACAGAAACAACUGGACAACCUGAACAAAAACAUGGAAAUGAACGCCGGUCGACUGGCUGAUCAUCUACUUUUUGAAAUUUUGAAAGAAAAGUUGAAUUCAAAGCCGUGCAGGAACCAAGGAUUUGUUCUCGAUGGCUUCCUCGAGACUUAUGAGCAAGCAAAGCUCAUUUUCUCUGAUGAGGACACAGAGAACGAUGAUUUGAUUCAAACACCUGCGUGCAACAAGAAGAUCACUCCAGAGCAUGUUUUUGCCCUGAACGCGACAGAUGAUUUUCUGACAAAGAGAGUGCAGGGACUUCCACAGAGCGUGGCAGAGAAAAUGCGCUACACCCAGGAGGAGUUUGUCCCUCGCCUGACGAGAUACAGACAACUCAGCACCGCUGAGGAAACCCUGCUGGACUACUUUGAUGAGCUUGAGAUUCACCCAGAACAUAUCGAGGUCACUACCUGUGAUUCAGAGUACAAAGAUGUUAUGAAGAAGAUCACCGAGAUGGUGGGGGUUCCCAAAAACUAUGGGCUGAGUCCAGAGGAGCAGGAGGAGGAGGACAGAAGGAAAGAAGAAGAGAGGAAGCAGAAAGCAGCUGCAGAGGUCGCGGAGAAGAAACGCAGGAAUGAAGCUGCACUGGCUGAGAUGGCUGCUCAGUACGAGGAGUGGCAGAAGAAUUUGUCCGAGCUGAAACGACAGGAGUACGAGCUGCUGGAAGCUCACGCUCUUCCUCUGAGGAACUACCUGAUGAAGUACGUGAUGCCCUCACUCAGCGAGGCCAUGUUAGACUGCUGCAAGAUCAAACCAGAGGACCCCGUCGACUUUCUGGCUGAAUAUCUGCUACGCAACAACCAACAAGAGCAACAACCAACCUGAAGAGGAAAUGUUCCAAUGCAUGUCAUUAAUUCACAUUUGUUCUACAGUAAUUCAUAUAAUCAAAUGAUGAGUACAAUGAGAAGAGUGCUGUGUCAGUGUUACAGACUCAUAAUAAAUAUGAAUAAAUUUAAUUUGAA